UGUGAGAGACAUUUCUGUCUGCUCCGAGUAUUGUCAGAGCUCAUAAAGUGAGGAACUGUUGAGAGUGUUUUGGCUUUCUGCCUUGUGUGUGUGUGUGUGUGUGUGUGUGUGUGUGUGUGUGUGUGUGUGUGUGUGUGUGUGCUUCCACAGAACUGCAGAGCCGCUAACACACCCACAAACAGUCUCCCAGGAGAAUUUGAAUAGUGAACUUGAACAGAAAUAAAAGCAGAGAGCUGGAGGGGGAAAUGAACAGACGGACGCUGGAGGGAUGAAGCUGUGACAGGAUGAACGAAAGCCUGCUAACCACCACUGCCGUGGCCAGCAACAACUCCUCGGUGAUGGUUGGGUUGCACACUUGUUUCCAUAACGACGAUGCAUUCAAGUACCGCGCCUACACCUUCACGUACCUGCUGCUGUUUCCCGUGGCGUUCCUCUGCAACAUCGGAGCGCUGGCGGUCUUCCUGCUGCAGUCGAGCCGCAGAAGCUCCGCCUCCUGCGUGGUCAUGAUGAACCUCGCCCUAUCAGACGGCAGCUUCUCCCUCACCCUCCCACUGCGAUUGGCUUAUUACUUCAGGAGCGGCGUAUGGGACUUCCCCGAUUGGCUGUGCCGACUGUGUGUCUACGGCUUUUACGUCAACCUGUACACAAGCAUCCUCUUCCUCACGCUACUGAGCGUGCUCCGUUGGCUCGCCGUGGCCCGGCCCCUUCGUCAUCGCUCUCUGGCCACGCCCACUCGGACAUUAUUGCUCUGUCUGGGAGUUUGGUUGUUUGUGGGCGUGUCCUCCGCCCCCUUCCUGUCCAAUGGGGUGACAAUCAGGGCGGGAUUUCCUCGUUGCUUCGAGCCGUCUAGCCCCUCCUCUUGGGGGCGUGUCCUGAUCUUAAACUACGUUGCUCUGGCUCUUGGCUUCCUCUGCCCUUUCCUCACAAUCAUCGUGUGCUACAGCCGACUCGUCCGACGCCUAAUGGCCCGCUCCGACCUCCACGGCAGCAGUGUGUCCUCCAAAGCUCGCCGACGCAACAGACAGCGCUCGGUGCACCUGGUCACCAUGGUGACGGCAACCUUCCUGUUCUGCUUUCUGCCCUAUCACGUCAUUCGCUCCCUGCACCUGCACGCCGUGUGCGGUGGCUGGAACUGCAGCCUCACGGUGGCGCUGCAGCGGGCGGUGGUGGUGACGCUGUGUCUUGCGGCGUCCAACAGCGUGGUCAACCCGGUGCUGUAUUACUACUCCACCAGGACGUUCAGAAACAACAUGAGGGACGCUCAUUCCUCUCUGUUGUCCAGCAGGGGGGGGUCGUUCAGGUCGGGACUGGCUCUGGUGAGGAGAAGGAAUACGACCUGACAGACAGAGUCAGCUCUGUAGCUGGGUCGGUUAAAAAAAGUCUUCUGCUUCAUGUUGAUGAAGGACAACACAUCAAGGAUCUUUUAACUGGUGUGGCAGCACUUUUAUUUAUUCCAAUGAAGAACAUAUUUAUAGCGUUCUCCUGAUAGACCACAUAUAGAAGGAAAGAAAUGAGACUGAAAUCAUAAGCAGCUUUGCAGACAGCCGUCAUUGUUGAGGAGGGUUCAGGUUAGGGAUAGGACAAUAUAUUAUCAUGUAUUGCGAUAUUAAACACUUGCGUGCCAUUACCGGGAUAAUCGUGAAUAUCCUCACACAGCUUGACAAACAGUCCUAUAUUGAUUUCCUGUUUUAUUUUGAAACAAGGGGACAAGGGAGAGCCAAACUGUCACCAUGGCUGAAAGCUCGACUUGCCUCUUAUCUCUGUGUGGAAAUAGUGUAGAAUAGAUAGAAUAGAUCAGGAGUCUGUCUGUGAUAGGUAGGUAAAGUGACUCCUGCAUGUUAUUUUAAUAGGAUGAAGUUUAUCUUCUUGAUUGUUGUGAUAAUAUUGUGUAUCGCAAUUAUUUUGGCCAAGAUAGUCGUGACAUGAGAUUUUCAUAUCGUCCCAUGCAUAGUCAGGAGCUUCAUGGGGGGUUGUAAGGCUGGUUGAGGAGGGUCCUGCUAGUUGAGGAGGGUCCUGCUAGUUGAGGAGAGUCCUGCUGGUUGAAGAGGGUCCAGGCUGGUUGAAGAGGGUCCAGGCUGGUUGAAGAGGGUCCAGGCUGGUUGAAGAGGGUGCAGGCUGGUUGAAGAGGGUCCAGGCUGGUUGAGGAGGGUCCAGGCACGUUUGUCUCAAAGUUGGACAAAUGUCUGCAGUUUGUCUUCCUUUCCUGUUAAAGCAACCUGUCAGGUACAACUGACUGAAAGUAAGCUGUUGGUGAUUUUCUUUAUUUUUCUUCAUUUUCAGACUCAAACCAACAAUGAAUGUGUCUACCAACAAGUACUGUGUGUGUAGCACAGUGCCAUACAGCUCCAUUGAUCCAAAAACUACUACUAUUACAAACUGUUAUUCUUGUUUGAUAAAAAGUACAGUUUUAAAAAUGAAACUAUUUACUUGUGUUUAAAGACACUGUUCCUUUGAGUCUACAUGUGGAGUGUGUGUGUGUGUGUGUGUGUGUGUGUGUGGUUAUAAACAAGUGAUGUGGAUUCUGGUGAAGAAUCUUUGUUUACAUGUUUGUUUGUUAGGUAAUAAAUAUUCUGAUGAGUCACGUAGACCGGAAACAUCUUUGUAUGAGGAUCCCACAGGAAAUACCUCCUUCAAUAUUUCUGUUUAGUUGUUUAUUUUCACAGAAAAGUGUAAAUCUGGUGUAAUUAUAAUUCUGUCAGAGACCACAGACAGACUGAUGAUCAGGCUCAGGAUGAAUUUAGGGGACUAAUAAUAAUAACUUUAAGGACUGUAGCUGUGUAUUUUCACUGUAUUUUAUUUCAUUAAUAAACACGAAUAAAGGUA